GCUAAAUUUUACGCAUUAAUCAGAGUAAAAUGACUGGAAAAUUUUGGUUUAAGCUCAAUUUUUUUAACAUAUGGUAUCGUUAAUUCUUGUUUUUAAAUACACUUCAUAUUUCAAAACUAUAUCAGCAAAUAUAGCAGUUCAAAGUUACUGUGGUAAAAAUAUGACCACAUUUUAAUAUCGUCAAUAUAUUUCUGAUUAAAAUGUCAGCUCGGUUUUAAAUCACCAUACGAUAUUGUUUUGUUUCGUGGUAAAUACAUAUUUGUUGUUGCUUCGCAGCGUGUACCGUAUGUAUUGUUUACAUACGCGCCAGCUGUAAUAAAUCCCACGAAAAGAUGGUAAAUAUUAAAGGAUUACAUUAACUAUACGUGUUUGUCUGGAUAUUGACAGAGACAGUCUAGCGCAUAUCAAAGUACAACACACUAAUAUUCCAGGAAAACCACAUGCAAAGUUCUGCAUCAAGUUAAAAGACACAAUGAGAGCUGUUUCAUCUUUCUUGCACCAAAUACAGUGGUUUAACUUCGCUAUAUUAUUCAGUGUUGUAUGUUGUGGCUUGUAUGGAUUCACGCUGGUGUUUCAAGUAAAACUGCUCACUUUAAUAUGGACAUUUGUGUGUGCAUUCAUUAGUGGUCUUGGUGUAACAGCAGGUGUACACAGAUAUUGGUGUCAUAGAUCGUAUAAAGCAACAUUUUCACUUAGAGCUUUGCUAUGCUUCCUGCAAACACUGGCGAUACAGAACAGUAUAUUAAACUGGGCCACGAACCACAGGGUUCAUCACAAGUUCUCGGAGACGGACGCCGACCCACAUAACGCCAACAGGGGCUUUGUGUUCAGUCAUAUUGGCUGGAUUGUAAUGAAGGAACAUCCAUCUGUGGAUGAGAAACGUAAUAUAAUGGAUGUGAGUGACUUACUGGAGGACAAGGUGGUCGCUUUCCAACAUAGAUAUUACGGGAUCCUUGUUCUUCUUAUUGGGGUAAUGUUUCCAACACUUGUUCCUGUUCUGUUCUGGGGCGAAAGUUUCACGUUUGCUUUUUUCCUUAACAUGAGCCGAUACUGUGUAUUGUUAAAUAGUGUUUCUAUGAUAAAUAGCGUCGCCCAUAUAUGGGGGUAUAGACCUUAUGAUGACACAAUCGGACCAGCCGAGAAUUCAAUAUGUGCGUUUGCAGCAAUGGGUGAAGGCUACCACAACUACCACCAUGUUUUCCCCCACGAUUACCGAACCAGUGAGCUUGGUAUGAAACUAAACAUCACCGCUUCCUUUAUUGACAUGAUGGAAAAGUUGGGGUUGGCUUACGACCUUCGGACCAUGAGUAACGAAGUUAUAACUGAGAGGAAACGAAAGAAUCUACUCAGGAAAGAGCAAUGAGUGGGUGUGGUAUUGUUUGCUGUUAUUUCAUGCAAUAUUAUAUUUAAAUGAUGGAAAACUGAAGCACUCUGUAUUUUAAAGCGUUGAACACAUAAACUUAUUUCUUGAUCAUUUUGGGGUAGAUUUAACCUAUGUCUUGCCCAAGGACAUAUACUACUACAAUGGUAGCAACGCCAGCUUCAAACUAAUAUCCUGGCUAAAGGCAGACAUGCUAACAGCUGUGCCACAUCGCCAGAUGAAUUAGAAUGUUUUUAACCCGACAGUGAGCUUGAGGUGUAAUUACACCAUUUCCAUUUAAUGUAUAUGAUGUUCUCAUGUAUUUGCUUUUUAACUGCUAAACUUUGUCAAUAUGCAAAUGCUUGUGCAAUACUGCUUAGUACUUAUAGUGUGUUGUUUAUAUUUAAAUGUUCCUACUGUUACAUCUGUAACAAUGCCUGUGUCUGUACCUGUUUAUAAUGCAUUGUUACUUUAUGCUGCGCAUUAAUACACAGUCUUCCAACAAAA